AUGAGAUAUGAUACUUGUGAAAAUGGUUUUUCAAUUUUUGAAACAUUGCAAAAGUAUUCAAAUGAGAAUAGAUUAAAUAUAAAGAUAAGAAUAAAAAAAAAAGAAAAAGAAUAUAUAUAUAUAUAUAUAAUAAAAGAGUUAAAUAAAAAUGAAAAAAAUAUGCAAAAAUUUUCGAAAUAUGCCUACCACAAGAUUAUCAAUAACGACAAUCACAACACUAAUAAAAUAAUUAACCGUCCAUUUAACCAUAUUUUUCUGCAUUAUCAAGUAAUACAAGAGAAUAUUCAUGAAAAAUGUAAGUUCCUGUUAACAGACUGCAAACCUUUUAACAUCCUUAAAGACUAUAUUGUGGAGAAAAAACACAUAGCUAAUGAGAAAUGGAAAAAAGAAAAAAAGACUUUUUCUCAUAUUAAUUGUAAAAACGAAGUAACAUAUUACAGAAAAAAUAAUGUAGACAAUGUUUCAAUCAGCCAUAAUUUAUAUGCAUCCCUAAAAAACAUUUUCGUAUUAAUCGACAAAAUAAAUCGUUUCUUAGUUGUAAACAAUUUACAAAAAUGCAGAAAUAUAUCGCCAUGCAGAAUAGUUGAAUAUAAUGUGUAUAUAAAUGAACGCCUUUAUCUUUUUUGUCUACACGUACCGGACGAAUUUGUAAACGAAACCUUACACGAAAUAGAGAAAAUUUUGCGAGAUAAAGAUUUUGUUGAACUGUGCAGAGAAAUUAAAAAUUUAAAUUUUAAUGAAUUAGCUUCCUUUUUCAAUAUAUACAAUAAUAUAAUUGGAAAAAAAUAUAAUGAACAAUGUGAUAACAAUUUUAAAAUUUUUUUCUUUUUUCAAGAUGUGGAAAAGUUUAUUUUACAAAAUUUAUGUAUAUCAAUACAUAAUAUAAUUACAAAUGCUAAUAAUAAAAUAAUUCAUAACGAAAACAUUUCAAAAAAAUAUAGUUCGAGUAAUAAGAUAAAUUUUCAUCGAAUGUAUAUGGAAAUAUUAAGUAUACUAAACGUUUUAAAAAAUAAUAAUAAAUUAUAUGUAAACUUUAUUGAUUUUAUAUUAUUUAUACAAUUUAAAGCUGUUUAUAAGCAUAAUCACCACUAUAAUUAUUCUUAUUCAAUUAAUUUAAUUCAAGUAAUACACAAAGUCCUUUUUUCACAGUUAAAUUAUUUGUAUACAACAAAGCCUUAUGAAGAGGAAGAAUUUAUAUAUGAAAAUUUUUUUACAGUGCUAAAUGACAAUUACUUUUAUAUAGAAAAAGAAAAAUUUACGUGGAAUUACAUUGAAAAACACUAUGAAGACAUCAAACCUUAUAGAAGUCUUCGUACAACUAGCCUGGGCAGUAGAGAUAUCAAAAAGAAAAACAUUGACCUUGAUGAGGAUCGUAAAAACAAGAAUUUUAGUAGAUGCGUACAAGAAAAAAAUUGCUCUCAUAGUGAAAAUCAUUUAUAUAAUGAUGGCAAAUAUUACCCAACACAGAACGAUAACAAGAAUGAACUAAAACGCAGUGAUAAUAAAAAUGCAUGUUAUCAGAAAAAACUAUUGAAUUGUAGCGAGUAUGUUAAUACAGAUGAUCUAACAUAUAAUUGCAAGAAUGCAUAUUUUCUCAUUAACAUAACAGAGAAUGAAUAUAAACGUAUUUCCAAAGGUAUUGAAGAUCUCUAUUUAUUGCAUUACGGUAUUAUAUUGCUAACUAUAAUUGUCAAAAAAAUAAAGUACAUGGAAAAUAGGAAUGCUCUUAUUGAUGAGGUACGUAUACUAAGGACAGUUAACAUAUUGAUGCAUGUAAAUAAUACCAAACUAAUUAAUCUCAAUAAAUUAAUAAAUGAAAAGGCUACAUUUUUAAAGGAGUUUUCCUCAAUUCAGUGUGGUAAGGAGUCCUUGAAUUUUUUACUAUUUGUGGACUUCAUUUUUAAUACCUUAAAAAAUGUGAAAUAUGAUAAUAAGUGUAUAAAAAGAAUAACCCAAGAAUAUGACACAAAUAAAUAUUUUUUAGAAAUUCUGUCCUUAGCUAGUAAUAUUAAACAUUUAUUAACAAGCAAGGAAAAAAAAAAAAAAAAAAAAAAUAAAAAUGAAGGCAUCAAGCAUUAUUCUGUCAAAUCAAACAUAAUAAGCGAAAAUGAAGCUUCAACUGAUGAGAUGGAAAAAAACGAAAAAAAGAUAAUUAGCAAAAUAAAUAGAAAUAUUAAUUUCCUAACAAGUGAAAUCAUUUUAACCUUUUCAAAUUACACAACAUCAUCACCCUAUUCGUGUAAUGAUAUUUCCUGCAAUGAUGAUAUGACUACUAUCUAUAUGUCCUAUAUAUUUAAUGAUUUAUAUUUUCAAAAUAAUCAUAAAAUAAUAAAAUUUGUAUUUUCCUAUUUUUUAAAACAUUUUAAGGAUAUUAAUUCUGUAUUAAAACUAAAUAAAAUUAACAUAUAUUUUCAGUACAUAACAAUUUAUAAUUUUUUAAAACUAUUCAAAAAUGAAGUUAACAAACCGUCUACAGAGUACCAUAACGUUUUAAAGAUGUUCAUGGAAUGUUUUGAUAACAACCUUUAUCAUAAGGUUAAUGAAGAUUCGUCUUUUAACAAUAUUCAUGAUAACAAUUCUGAUGGAAUUUUUUAUGUGGACAUUAAAAUAGAACAGUACCUGCACUUUUUAAAUAAGUUAUGGUACUUUUAUUUUUUAUCAAAAAAGUUGAUUACCAAUUGUGAAUUUCUAAGCCAUUUUAAUUAUCACUUUUAUUUAACGUUCCAUAUGAUUAAUCAGUAUGUGCAAAAAUACAUGAACAAUUCAGAAUUAUUUACCAUUUUUGUUAAUAAGUGCAUAAAUAAAAUAACAGGCAUAUUGGUGAUUCAAAAGUACUUUAAUAUAUACAUAGAGGAGGAUUUAAUUAAACACUUAUCGAAAAUUAUUUACCUAGCACAUAAUAUAAUAAGCAGAGAGAAUAAAAGAAAGAUACUCAUGUACAUUCUUCCUUUUAUAAAACAGCCGAAAAGAAAUAUGGAUAAUUUAAAAAAUUUUUUAAUUGAUAAAGAAAUAGCUCAAAAUGGUGUAAAUAAUAUACUGCUAAAUAAUUACAAAAAAGAUGAACUUCAUAUUUAUAAAUGUGAAAAGGAGGAAAAACGCAUUUCAUUUGUGCAACAGGUAAAAAGCAAUAUAUGUGAAGAGAGAAAAAAAACGAACUUUAAUCAUAAUCCUUGUAAUGAUUAUGAACAAUAUGAAAAGUAUAAUUUAAAUGAAAUGCUGCUUUAUCUUGGUUGUAAGAAAAAAAAUAUAGCACAAAUUAUAGAAAAACUGGAAAAAAAUAAAAAUUACAAAAUAAAUAAUAAUGAAUUGUAUGAACUGUUAAGUGAGCAUAUGAAGGAAUGCAUUCUAAUAAAAAAAGAAAAUGUAAUAUUAAAAAAUAAAUUAAACUAUAUUGUGUUAAAUUUCGAAAAAUUUAUUUCCUCCUAUGUUAGCGGUAUUGUAUCGAAUAAAUCCCUUUUCAUGGAAGAAAAUGGGUAUAAUCACAUGAACAGUACAGGUUGCAACAACAUAGUGGCCAAAAUGGAGGAAUGUAAUAGCAUCCUUAAGGGUGAAUACAAUACUAAAGAAGGAAACGAAAUGGUAGUAGUAAAUGAAGAUGAAAACCCCCAUAAUAUAAGCAUAAAAUUCGACUAUCACCAAGUUAAGGUAAAGAAUGAGUAUUUUUACGAAUUGAAAAAAUAUGAAAAUCAGAGUAACAUAAAAAUUAACAAUAUACUUAUAAAUAUGUAUAUGUACAAUCCGCAUAUAUGUGCAAAGAAUAAAAAUAGUUUCAUAUCAAAACAUAAAACGAAACAAAAGAAAAUGAUAAUUCUACCAUACGAUACGUAUAAAAAUAUUAAGAAGUUGGUUAUUUAUAACGACUGUGAGAGUGUAAAUUUAUUUAAGCGUUUGAACAACUCGAUUUAUUUACUUUUCCUUAAAAUGAAAUUUUUUUUUAAUAAAACAAAUUAA